AUGGAUAACAAUGGAGUGGCCAAAACUUUGAAAAAAGAUAUUUUAUAUUUUGAUGAAACGAAAGAGUAUUCAAAAAAAAGGUUUGAUAAGUUUAAUGAUAUAUAUGAAAUUGUUACUAAGCAUAAGAACAAGCAACCUCAUAUAAAAGAAAAUAAUAUAAAAUAUAUAACAAGAAAUGUGAACUAUGAUAGACUGUGUGGUGAUGAGAAGAAGAAAAAAAAUGACAUUAACAAUAUAGAUAAGUAUGAGAAAACAAAGACAUGUUCAUACGUUUUAAAUAAUUUGCAUAAGAAAUAUAAUAAUCAUAAUAAUAAAAUGUAUGAUGAAUAUAAAUUUUAUGAUUAUUACGAAUUGAUUAACAAAAUAAAGAAAUUGAAAGGUUUUAAAAAUGUAAUAGAGGAAAGAGGAAAGGGGAAUGAUAAUGGAUUAGGCAUCAACUCUACAAAUAAUGAUAAAAAAAAAAAUAACAAAAAAAGAUAUAAUAAUAAUAAUAAUAAUAAUGAUAAUGAUAAUGAUAAUAAUAAUAAUGAUAUUAAUAAUGAUUAUAAUAAUAAUAAUAAAUAUAAUACUUGCUGUAGUAGUUGUAAUGGUAAUGUUUUAUCUUCUUCAAAAACUUUUAAUAUGUGUGAAGGAGAUAAGAAAAUUUCAUAUGGAAGGCAAAUAACAAAUUUGGUUAGUUGCUAUAAAUAUAAUAAUCAAUCAAAAAGCCCUUAUAACAUUCACACGAUAAAUCAACAGGCCCAUGAUGAUAAUAUAUAUGUGGACAACCAACAUAUGUUAUAUCAUAAUUAUACUGAUAAUUUAAAAUAUAGUAAUUAUAAUAAAAUGAAUGAUUUGUCUUAUAAUCGACAUGAAAAACAAAAUAGUUUUUCCAAUUUUGUAAAUACUGCUCCACGUGAUAGUCCUAUGGAGUUGUGUAAAAAAUUGAAGAAAGAUGUAGAAUAUAAAGAAAGAGUAGAUAUAAAUAAAGAGAAGGAUUUUGUUUUGCUUGGUAUAUCCAAAACGUGUGUAAAAAAAUGUAAUACGUGUUCAGGUGAUAAUGUGACGAAAGAUAUAGAUAAGUGUGUUGAAGAUAAAGAGAAAAGCAAAGAAAGUGUAAUAUUAAAUUAUAUGAAAAAGGAUAUAUUUUAUAAUACUUUUAAUAGAAAUAAUAAUGAUACGAAUAGAAAAGGAAAACAAAAAGAAUGUGAUAAAUAUAAUAAGGAUGAUGUUCAUGUUCUUUGUGAUAAUGAUCAUUUUUCUCACAGUGAAACUUCUCAUACAACCAAAAAUUCAAACACUAAAUUAUAUAAUGUAAAGGAAAAACAUAUACAUAUAAAUAAGGUAUAUAAUAAUGUAUACUUUGUGGAGGGGCAAGAAAAAUUAUAUUCCCCUUCUAUAAAAGAGGAAACCCAAUUUUAUAUACAAAAUUAUUAUAAACAUGAUGAUAAUGUUAACAUGUCAUCAUAUAACUAUUAUAAUGAUAUGGUAUAUAAAAAUUCAAAAGGUAUGAUGAUACACUCUUUAUCUGCACAACAUGCUUUUAAGGGAGAGAAAAAUGUGAUAAAUAUAAAUAAGCUGCGUAGACGUUUUAGUAUAAUGAAUAAAAAGGUAUAUAGUGAUUCUGUGUUAUGUUUUUAUGGAACACCGUGGUGGCUUAAUAAAAUUAGAAGGGGCCAAAAAAUAGGCCAAGAAAAAAAACACAAAAAAGAUGAAAAUAAAAAUAACAAUAAUAAUAACAAUAACAAUAACAAUAUUAAUAACAAUAAUAAUAACAAUAUUAAUAACAAUAUUAAUAACAAGCAUGGAAGAGUUAUCCAAUAUACUGAUGAAAAAAUCCAAAAUGAUUAUUGUAAAAAUAAAGAGUCAUCAAAAAUGGGCAAUCAUAAAAUGAUGAGGAAGGAAAAAAACGUGAAUUCUUCACUUUUAUCAAUUUAUGACAAAUGUUAUAAUAAAUGGAAAAAAAAUUAUAAUAAAAGAAGAAAACAUAAAAAUGAAGGUAGGAAAGGAGGAAAAUAUAUUUACUGUUAUGAGAAUAUUAAAAUAUUAGAAGAUGUAAAAGAUAUGUUUUUUAAUGAUCAUAAUAAGCGUAAUAUAUUAAAUGAAGAGAAUUUUAUUAAAGAGCAUCAAAUUAAUGGUAUAAAUAAGGAACAUACGAAUGAAAACAAAGAAGAAGAUACUUUUAACAUAAGUAAAGAGAAUAGAAAAGAAGGAAGUUACAUGAUAACACAUAAAGAUAAAAUCAACAUGGACAAUAUAAAAAUAGGACGAUAUGAUAAUAUUAAUGAAAAAAAAGAAUUUAGUGGUAACAUUUUAUAUAAAUGUGCUAAAAAAAAUGAUAAAAUAAAUAAAUCACAAACGAGUCUUUUUUUUGAAUUUAUGAAAGGGAAAGGGGAUGAAAAACAUAAUGUUGUAAAAAAGGAGCAUGUAUUUAUUAAAACGUUUAGAACAAAUAAAAGUCCAAUCGAAUUAACAAAAAAUAUUUCGGAUUACAAAUGCAACUUUUUAUAUACUAGUUUAGAUAGAAUCCACAAAAGCGUUUCUAUAUAUAAUGAAAAAAUAGAAAGGACAAAGCAUGUACCACAGAAAAAGAAUGAUAACAUAGAUAUUCGAGGGAUGUACAAAUCCUACAAUUUUUUUAAAAGCAUGAAUAUGAUGAAUAGUUUAUCAAAAUGUUAUCAUACCAAAACUUGUGAAUACUCUAAUUAUGAUUUUAUGAAAAAUAAGAUGAGUAAAAAGGCUCAGAAUAAGUUGGUUUCUAAGUGUAUAAGUAAAUAUAAAAAAAAAAAAAAGAAAGAAAGGAACAAAACAAAAACAAAAAAAAACACAAAAAAAAACACAAAAAAAAACACAAAAAAAAACACAAAAAAAAACACAAAAAAAAACACAAAAAAAAAUAUAUAUAUAAAGAAUGAAAUAUCGAUAUCGUUUGAUGGAAACGUAUUUGGAGAGGAAAAUACGAAGAGAACAAAAGAGAACAAUAAAAGUAAAGAAAGUGCAUAUACCUGGACGAGUAGUAAAAAUAAUAAAAUAAAAGGAGAAGAAAAGAAAACAAAACGUUCCCUUUGUUCGUACAAAUUAAGAAAAAUGAAACCUUUAUGUGUUGAGAAUAGGAUGCGCAUAAAAAAAAAUGUACGCCAAAUAAAAAAAAAAAAAAAAAAAAAUAUAUAUAAGACCAUAAAAUGUUUGAACAAUUAUAAGACUUUGAUAGAUCAGUUGAACGUAAAAGGUGAUGAAGAGCAUAUAUUAAGUAACCAUGUUAAUAACAAAAAAAAAAAAAGAAACAACUGUAUUAAUGAAAAUAAUAAUGAUAAUGAUAAUAAUAAUGAUCAUAAUAAUGAUAAUAAUAAUGAUAAUAAUAAUGAUAAUAAUAAUGAUAAUAAUAAUGAUAAUAAUAAUGAUAAUAAUCAAAGGGAACAUAGUUGUCAGGGAAUAAGCAUGCAGGACGUGGAACAAAAAUGUGAAGGAGAAAAAUGUGAAGGAGAAAAAUGUGAAGGAGAAAAAUAUGAAGGAGAAAAAUAUGAAGGAAAAAGAAAAAACAAAUAUACAUAUUAUAAUAAUUACUAUCAAAUAAAUUCAAAAAAUGAGAUACAUGAUGAUUAUAAUAUAAAGAGCGAUGGAAAUAGAAUUAAUUAUAAUAUUUCUAAUAUAAAAUAUAAUAAACACAAUAAUAAUGAUAAAGGAGAAAAAGGUUGUGAAUUAAAAAAAUGUUCAAUUCCUUAUGUAAAAGAAAAAUAUAAUUUAGAAAAUAAUACUUAUGAGAUAAUUGGAUUAAUAUAUUAUGGUGAUAAAUCUCAAGUGUAUAAAUGUAUAAAUAUGAAUAACAAAAGAGUAUAUGCUAUGAAAGUAGUAUUAAAAGAGUGUAAUGAAAUGUUUGUAGAUAAUUUUAUAAAAAAAUAUUUAUUUUUAAAAAACAAUCCUCACAAAAAUAUUAUAUCUAUAUAUGAUAUAUUUUGUAAUAACAAUUAUAUUUGUAUAAUAAUGGAUUAUUGUGAAGGGUCUACAUUAUUAGAUUAUUUUAUGUCUUUAGUACCUGGUUCUUUGGAUGUAUAUGAAAUAAAAAAAAUAAUGAAAAGCAUCUUCAUAGCUUUAGAUUUCUUUCAUUCUAAUAAUAUUAUUCAUAGAGAUAUUAAAUUAGAGAAUAUUAUGUUUAAAAAUAAGAAAAGGAAAGAACGUUUUAAUUAUGAAGAAUAUGGUAGUAUUUUGUUUAAUAAUUAUGAGGAGAUUUCAUUUUCAACAUCUUGUAGUAACCUUCAUAAGAAAGAACUUGAAUUGAGAGGAAUGGAUACUAUUGGGAAAAAAACUAUGGGAGGAAAGAAGUUUAUUAGAAACCUAUAUAGUGAGAAACCUAAGAAUUUAAAUAUUUUUCAGAAAAAUUGUUCACACAUAUUAAAAAAAAAUACUAAGAAAAAUAUAUUGAAUGAUAUUCAAUUGAAGAGCCCAAAAUGUUAUAUAAAAUAUAAUAAUAAUAAUAAUAAUAAUAAUAAUGUGGAUACAUUAUUUAAUUAUGAAGAUGAUAGUAACUGGUCAUAUAAUUCAUCUAUAUGUUAUGAUAUAAUACAAGUUAGUGACGAAGAAGAAUAUGAUAAUAUAAAUAUAAAAGAUAAAGUAUAUGAAUAUGAAUAUAAUAUGUGUACUGAUUCAUCAAGAUAUGAGACCAUUGUAAAUAAUGAAAAUUCAAUACAUUCUAAUCAUUCAUAUGGUACCAAUUCAAAAUAUGAAACAUUUUGUGACGACGCAUUUCCUUCUCAGAUUUCUUCCAUUCAUAAAUAUAAUAAAAAAGGUGGACGUUAUCAUUUUAGUAAAUUAUAUAAAAAUAAAAAAAAUAUGAAAAGUAAUAUUAAUCCAUCAUUUAGUGAUUUAUGUAUAAUAGAUAUGGAUAUGAUAGAAAUUGUUUCAAAAACAAAAUUUCCUCGAAUGAACAAAUCAAAAAUUAUAUGUGGAACUCCACCAUAUAUGCCACCAGAAUCAUUUGAUGGUAUUGUUUCACCGGGGAAUGACAUAUGGGCAUGUGGUGUUAUUUUAUAUGUAUUAAUGGAUGGACGCUUCCCAUAUGAAAUUAAUAAUUAUAUUCCUAUUCAUUUAAAGAAAAAAAUAUUAAUGGAAAACAAACCAAAAUUUGAACCUUUCAUAUGGAAACAACAUACGGAUCUUUUAGAUCUAUGCCUAAGGUUAUUAGAUCCUAACCCUUGGACAAGAAUACAAAAUGCUCGAGAAGCCUUAAUACAUUAUUCUUUUAGAGAUUUGAUAUAA